CGUGACCUUUUCCUGCCCUUCAUUCUAACUCCAUUGAUUUUACUUUUUGCUCCCAUUGAGUGGCGCGACCGUCUGCGACCGUCUCGCCGUGUAUGGUACUUCUUCCGACAGCUGUUCGCUGUUUACACCGCCCUCCGCUCUAUGCCAGUCGUCUUUCCGUCCGCGCAGUACGCGCCUUUGCCUCCAAGAUUGACCAAGUCGCGUCUGAAGGCUCGGCUACUACCUUAAAAACGAAAAAGAAAUACUCAGAAUUACCGUCGGCAAGAGUUCUACCAGACGGAUCUGUCGCAUCUCCAUUGCCGGAAUGGAUAAGCGACCGAGUCGAACCAAUGACAAAAGCCCGCGGUCGUGCCUUGAAAUCCCUCAAAGUAAUUGAUACUUGUGAUCUCGCUGACGACGCGUCGACAAAGCGUAUCAAACGAAAGGCUAGCGCUCCCGAAAUAAUAUUAAGGCCCGAACUGAUUGAUGCAGCUCCCCGUAAGCGACGCUCUAAAAAUAUCGAAGUAGAGGACUCAAUCGAAGCUGACAGCCAACCCCGUAGACGCGUACGGGCAGCUGCUGUUAACGACUCUGAAGAAACCGUGUCCCGUAAACGCGUGAAAAAAGCGGCCGCUAAACCGAAGGAUGACGACGACACGCCAUCCAAACGUGCCAGAAAAAAAUUUCUGGUUGAUGAUGAAGAGGAAUCCAAACCUCGCAAACGUUCCAAGAAAUCCGAUAUGGAGGUCGAAAUCGAUGUAAAGAUCAAGUCUCGUAAACGUGCCAAGAAGGCACCAGAGAAAUUUGCCGAAAGCUCCCCUCGAACGCGCUCCAGGAAAAUGGUUGCAGACAAGGAAGAUGAAGGCGACGAUAGCCGACCCCAAAAACGAAGGAAAAGGGUGGCUGAUGCCGAAAGUCACGAUGCCACCGCCACCACUGCACAACCUAAAACUCUCUUCAAGGAAAUUCAGGAAAAUCUGUCUAAGUUUCCUCACUGUGUUCUCUUAACACGUGUAGGUCAGUUUUAUGAAUCUUACUUUGAUCAAGCAAUCGAAGUUUCGCGUCUGCUGAAUAUCAAAUUGACCACACGCAAAUGGAACAAGCAAUUCAUUCCAAUGUGCGGGUUCCCUCUCCUCCAUAUUGACAAGUACCUCAAAGUCUUGGUACAACAAAAUCAGCGAUUCGUGGCAAUGUGCGAGGAAUUCCCUCGCUAUCGUAGUUCUGGGGAAAGGGACUUCGAUCGCCGGGUAGUGCGUGUUAUAACACCUGGAACUCUCAUUGACGAGUCAUUCCUGAACCAAUAUGAGAACAACUAUCUCCUUGCUAUAAAUGCUCCCCUCGAUGUACCAUUGGAUGAUAGCGUCGAACCGCAACGGUGUUCUGUUGGCCUUGCAUGGAUCGAUGUCUCCACUGGGGAGUUCUUCUCCAGACAUUCAGAUAGCGAGAGUCUGCGCGACGAUAUAGCACGCAUUGCUCCCCGCGAGGUCGUCCUCCAUAAAGACUUUGAAGGUCGGCACACACACCCUAUAUUUGUGGCUCUAGGGGAAGAAAGAAACCUAAUUUCUUAUACCGAGCUUUCCGACAAGUUUACACUUUCGAAUCCACAGCUGGAAGAUGUCGCCUCAGCACAUGAUGUCUCCGGUGCGGGUGCUGAUGGCGUGACAGACGCGAUAGAUGUUACUGAUGAAGUUCUGGAGUCAACAUCUCCCAGAAGAUCCACAGUUUAUUCUGCUGAAGAAGGAUCAGCCAUCACUUUGCUGACAGCAUACCUCCAAGUAAACUUGCUGGAGCAUAUGCCAGCCCUCUCAACUCCAGACCAGGACAAUGUUGGUAAUCGCAUGUAUAUGGAUUCUCACACGAUCAAAGCUUUGGAGAUUCGCGAAAAUAUCACAGAGGGGGGCACGACUGGAAGCCUACUAAGCGUCAUUAAACGAACAGUUACAUCCAGUGGUACACGACUGCUUGCACGGUGGUUAUGUUCGCCGAGCACCUCGAUCCCUGAAAUUGAAGCACGUCAAUCGCUUGUUGAUUUUUUCUGCUCAAGAUCCUACUUCCGUGAAGAUCUUGUGGAGGCCCUGGCAAAACUAGAAGAUGCUAGCCGAAUCGUGCAAAAAUUCCUUCUUGGUCGAGGUGAUACCUCCGAUUUGCUUGCUGUACAUACUACGAUAAAGACUUGGUCCUAUCUGAAACUCCGAAUUGAACGUGAAAGGCUCCUGGAAGCUCAAGAGCGAGAAGAGAACUUUAAUCCCGGCCAAUGGUCGAGCUUGGACUCGCUGAUGGCUCGCUUUUCUGACCUCGACGAGCUAUGUAAUAGGAUUGGGUCUGCACUGGAAAGAACUGAAAUCGAUGCGGAUGACCCCGAUGAAACUGUGUCAGAAGACGAAGUAGAGGAUGCUGAGCCCGCUUUCUUCAAAUGGAGAUACGGACCUAGUAAAUGGGUUAUCAAGCCAGAAUUCUCCGAGACGCUCCAAACGCUCCAUGCCAAUCUACGCCAACUGCUUCGGGAAAAAGAGGAACUUGAAGCCAGGCUGCAAAUCAACUACGAUGCUCCCUCAUUAGGGCUGCGUUCUUCUCCUGGUUUGGGCAUGCAUGUUCAUCUUGCUAGAGCCAAAAGAGAUCACCAUCGCAUCAACAAAGAUCCCAAAUUCCUUUCCAUCAAUUCAACAACCACGACGAGAAGUUACGUUUAUCAAGAAUGGUCUCUUCUUGGGUCUCAGAUUUUUGAAACUUCUAUGGCCCUUCUCGCCGCAGAAAAGGAGGCCUUUGAAACGUUGCGAAACGAAGUUAACGGACACGCUGCAUCACUGAGACGCAAUGCGCGUAUUAUGGAUGAGCUCGACGUUACAUUGGCUUUCGCCAACCUUGCUACGGAGAUGAAGUUUGUCAAGCCUACGCUCAGCGAAGAGACUAUUUACAGUGUUACUCAUGGACGGCACCCUACAGUUGAACUUGGUUUGCUCACCAGCGGAAAGGUCUUUACUCCCAAUUCUUUGGAAAUGAACCCGGAAAGUCGUCUUCAUAUCAUAACGGGACCAAAUAUGGCCGGGAAAUCUACGCUACUUCGGCAAACAGCGCUAAUAGCGGUGCUAGCCCAGACCGGCUCUUUUGUCCCUGCCGAUUCGGCCAACUUGGGCAUUGUGGACAAGCUGUUCUCGCGUGUAGGCGCUAAGGAUGACCUAUUCCACAACCGAAGUACUUUUAUGGUGGAAAUGCUAGAGACGGCGGAGAUCCUAAGACGGGCUACGCCUAGGAGCCUUGUUAUUAUGGAUGAAGUUGGCCGAGGAACAACAGUCAAUGAUGGCCUUGCGAUAGCUUACGCGACUGUGCACCAUCUUGUUACUCAGAACUGUUGUCGAGCUCUUUUUGCGACCCAUUUUCAUGAAUUAUCUGAUAUGCUCGGAUAUUCAGAGCAGACAUGCCUAUCAAGCGCAUUUGAGUCCGUGUCUUUCUUAUGCACAGAUGUCGAUGAAACAGAGGCAGGGCGAUUUGCCUAUUCUUAUCGUCUUAGACCUGGUGUCAAUCGCGAUAGCCAUGGUCUUAAGGUGGCACUCCUGGCAGGCAUGCCUCAGCAGGCAUUAUCUGUCGCCGAGAAUGCUCUGGAAGUACUUAAAAGUAGGAGGGGCGAAGGCUUAAGUCCCUUGCAGUUCCAGAUGUAGAUCAUACACUGCAGUAUCUUUGAUUGCGUAUUUUGGUAU